AAAACACCGCGCUGAUAUUAAACAGAGCCUUCAUUUUCCAAUUUCCAGUAAACCGUUUGAUGCCAAGUCUGACCACUUACUUAUUCGUUAGUCCACUGUAAGCCCGCCGCCACCGCCACCCCACCGCCGCCGCCACCACCACCGACGAAGAAUGAAAUCCAACAUUACAAAUCCUCAAACUUGAUGAUAUCACCCCGAUCUCCCCAUCGCCCUCCACAAUCCACAGCUCUGUCGCUUCGAUCCAAUUCAGGAUGAUAUUCAAGGAUAAAUUUGGAAAUGAACAAUUGAUGCGCUUAUGUUUCUGGGCCGCUGGAGAUUUUUGAAUACUUGAAAUCAAGAAGCAAUUGAAAAUGAUGAGGAUGUUCAGAACUGGCGCUAGCUGUAGUCGAUGGAAGAUGUGAACUCAAUUGGCUCCGGCCGGUAUCAUCUACUACACUGUUUUAGCUGAAUAUGCAUUUAUCCCUGUUUUGAUUGACUGAUUGGGAUGAUGAAGAUGUCAUUUUGCAAUCUUUAACUUACCUGGGCUGCUGUUGUCAGAGUGAUGAAAUUAAUUACUGAAGCAAUAAAAGUAGGGGCUAAUUUAUUAUUUUUUUCUUUUUAGUAAAAGGAUUUUUUCUCCUGUUUUCGUAGUCAUCAAAGAGUUUUACCCAAAUUUAGUCUCAUCAAGGGGGUCACCCGUAAAGAUGGAAAAAGCCACUAAGAAAUCGGGCUCGACUUCAGUUGAGCUUCCAGUUGAUGUCAUUGUUGAGAUACUAUCAAGAUUGCCUGUGAAAACCCUCCUACGAUGUAAAUGUAUCUGCAGACUAUGGAAUUCCCGGAUUUCUGAUCCUAGCUUCAUUUUAUCCAACUUUGGGAGAGAACGUGCUCUUAUGUUAUGUGAAUCUUCUCCUGUGCAUGGCGUACUGUCAGUGAAUUUUUAUUCUGUAGACGAUGAAGUUUCAGUCGUAAAUCUUCCAAAUCCACAUCCGAUUGGAGAUCUUUUGCCUAGUCAUAGUUAUACGACUUUGCUUGGUGCUUGUAAUGGGUUGAUAUUGUUGUUAUUUGAUCAAGCUUUUUAUUUGUGGAACCCAUCCACAAGUCACUGCCAUUUGAUGGAUCAACUCAAUGCUUUGACAUAUGACGAGCGAUCAAAGUUUCACAUUUUCUUUGGACUUUCUGGACUUUGCUUUGACAAAUCCUCUGAUGAUUAUAAGGUAGUCUUUGUUUCUGCAACACAACCUCUAGGUGAUACCUUUUCAUAUGUAGCCAGUUUAAGGAAGAGAGAAAUGUGCAAGGAUAUUAGCUUCCCUUAUAUGGCACCCCUUUUUAAGUGGGUCAUCCCGGGGUUCUAGCAAAGGGACAUCUACAUUGGAUAGUGCAUGAAAAGAUAAGCAAGGCACAAGUGAUCGUUUAUUUUUGAUGAGGAGAUGAACCAGUUUAGAGAAUUACCAAUGCCAGAAGAAUAUGAAAAUGAAGGUUCCACCUGUUAUUUUGAACUCAGCGUUUGAAUGGAUGCCUUUGCAUAUCUAAGAGUCCAAGUGAUUGCGAUUGUGAUGUUUUGAUGAUGACAGAAUAUGGCGUCAACCAGUCUUGGACUAAAUUGUUCGCCAUUAUAGGAAGCUUAGUACCCCUUCAUACACGAAUUUCUAGGAAUGUAGUUUUGGUUUCAAGAUGGGGCCAUUUGUAUGCAUACAAUUUUGAAAAGAAGACCAGCAGGAUGAUUAAAUGCCAACCUAAGCCGCUUCGAGAAAGGAGUUACAUUUCCAGGGACAAGAUCACUGGCGAAACUAAACGAUACAACUUGAGAGAAAAGGUGAGCAGAAAAACUGACUCUGGACCAGUUCCACUAGAAUUCCGUUAUGAGCCUCUUGUGUUUACUGAAAGUUUAGCAUCAGUCGAUUGGGUAUAACUGUUAUAAGAACUCAAGCAUAAGUUGUUGAAACUUGAGCUUUAAAUUGACUGGAACUUGUUGCAGUCAAAUUCGGUUCCAUACUUCUUUAGUGAUUGUCAUACUGUGUAAGAAUUCCUUGGGUUUUUGGGCAAGUUUGAAGUAUCACUACUUGCUUUCUGCCCUUUGCUGAUAUGAUGUGUUGAUUAACAUAUUGUUGUUUUGUAAGAAAAGUGAUUUUGCCUUGGACAAACGCGGAAGAUGGAACUAUUGGUUUCAACUUCCAAAGGUAUUCUGAGCAGAAGAUUGGAUCAAAUCAUCAAAUACCAGUUCUUACUGGUCGUUUUAUCUUGUGAAAGUAUGUAGGGAAUUUUACUUCGGCAAGUGUUUGAACAAUAUUUUUUGUGGUACUUUAUUUCCUACCAGCCAUUCAGGUCAUCUGAAUGGAUCCACUUUGUACUGUUUAUCUGUUUUCAACUGUUAGAAGAACUCUUCAUCAGUGGAUGUCCGGUUGAAUUUUACUUCGGCAAGUGUUUGAACAAUAUUUUUUGCUGUAGUACUUUAUAUUUCCUACCAGCCAUUCAGGUCAUCUGAGUGGAUCCACUUCGUACUGUUUUAUCUGUUUUCAACUGUUAAAAGAACUCUUCAUCAGUGGAUGUUUGGUUGGAUUUCAUCCUGAUUUUGGAUAUCGGAGAACUUUUAGAAGUAGAGUGACUCAGGAGCUAGGAAUAUUAUAGCUGAAGAAUGCUUUUCAACUUCACCAAACUACUUGAGGUUUUUUAAGCCGGCUAGAUGGUCAAAUUUUCCACCACGAGUUUCUUCAAAAACAAGGAGAGCGGCCCGGGAUCCUCUUUAUGAAUAGACUUCAUCAGUCUCAAAAUAAUGGUCCAGUCUUUAAAAAAAAAAAAAAAAACAAAUCGGGGUCAUCAUGCAUUGUGAAGAUUUUGGAUCCUCAAUCUGUAUUUCUCGUUGAAGCUUCUCCUUUCCGCAAGCCUGCUUAGCCUUCAGGUGUAGUUAGUUGCUUGAUGUUUCGCCAUGGUGCAUGCUGUUUUUCGCUUAUGUUGGGUUGGACGGGGGACUGAUUGUCCGUCUAAGCCGCCGGAAAAGUGUUGUUAUGCAAGUUCGUUUUAGUAGGCUCUCACAUUGGACAUUGGAAUUUGGAAAUGAGUCUUCGGAAAUGUAUGCAGUUACUUUUUGAGAUUCUGACGAACAGAAAAUAUGCCUAUUUGGGAGUGUUUAGCUUCCGACUUGGAGCUCGCAAUCCUAGUUCUCUUGUGUAUUCAGAUAAAAUGUUGAGCUAUCAAAGUGUUUUAUAGUCGAAUCUUUUAAAAAUCUAAUAGGAUUCUACUCUACGAAAUUUUAUAGGUA